CAAAAAGAAAAAAAAAAAAGAAAGCGCGAUUGCGGCUAGGGUUUUAUUCCUUUCCUCACAAACACACCCUCUCCCCCCUCACUACGUCUCUCUCCUCUCUCUCUCCGCCGCCGCCGCCGCCGCCGACUCUUGCCUUUCCCACGCCCUCGAUCUUGGCGGCUGGAGAGCCAUGGCGAUGCAGUCCGGCAGGCGAGCCUCGUAGCCAGGAGGGGUCAGUUCCCCAGUCACCCACCCCACACACGAAGAUAGCGAGCUUGUAGCGUGAUUUUUUUUGUAGGCCGUCGAACUCGCACCUAUGGCGACCGCGAACCCCUUUGACCUCCUCGGCGGCGACGACAACGACGACCCCGCGCAGCUGCUGGCCAAGGCGGCCGUCGCGGCGCAGAAGGCCGAGGCGAAGAAGGCCGCGGCGGCGGCGGCGGCUCCGGCCGCCGGGAAGGGCGGCGCGCAGCCGGCCGCCUCCAAGUUCCCCACCAAGCCGGCUCCCCCUUCACAGGCCGUGAGGGAGUCUCGAGAUGGCAGUGCACCCUCACGCGGAGGGUAUGGGCGCGGAGAACGCGGCCGAGGCAGAGGUGGGCGAGGCUAUGGUCAAAACCGAGACUUUGGAGGUGAAGAAAUGAAUGGCUUCCAGGGAGGAUAUGGUGGAGGCGGUGGUAGCAGAGCUGGAGGUGAAGAAGGCGCUCAGGACAGGGAGAGGGGCCCUCGGCCACCCUUCCAGGGAGGAGGUCGACGAGGUGGGUAUGGUGAUGACUCUGAGAGGAUGUCUCGGAGGCCAUAUGAGCGCCAUAGCGGCACUGGCCGUGGGUAUGAGAUGAAGCGUGAGGGUUCGGGGCGUGGGAACUGGGGAACUACCACUGAUGAAAUUCUCGCCCAGGAAACUGGGGAAGCCCUGAAAUUGGAUGAGAAGGCCCCUGUUACUGAGAAGCAAGGCGCACCGGAGGGUGCUCCACAGGCAGAUGAGAACAAGGAUAACAAAGAUGUCACUCCAAAUGAGGAAGAAAAGGAAGAGGAUAAGGAAAUGACUCUUGAGGAGUUUGAGAAAUUAAGGGAGGAGAAGAGGAAAGCACUUCUUUCUUUGAAGACUGAAGAGAGGAAGGUUGAAAUUGACAAGGAUUUGAAGUCUAUGCAACCACUUUCCAAUAAGAAAGAAAAUGAUGAAGUUUUCAUCAAACUGGGAUCUGACAAGGAUGCUUUGAAGAAGAAAGAAAAUGCUGAACGUGAUGAGCGUGCUAAGAAGUCUGUGAGCAUCAACGAGUUCCUAAAACCAGCUGAAGGAGAGAGGUACUAUGGCGGCCGUGGUCGUGGCAGGGGCCGCGGGGAUCGUGGCGGUUUCAGGGGUGGAUAUGGUGAGGGCCAUCGCUCUGCAGCUCCACCAGCUCCAGAAAUCAAAGACCAAUCCCAAUUCCCCACUCUUGGUCGGAAGUGAAAUGCAUGUACUGCCUGCAGUAUCAAGUUAUGUUUGCGGUCAACUUUGAAUUUUGUCUAUCCGUAAAUCACUGUGCAAGUGCUGAUCUGAUCAAACAAAUAAUGGUGUCGCAUUUGGUCAAGAGUCCCCGAUAUGUCAGUCGAAUUUGUAUAUCGGAGUUGCUUGUUACGUUUCAGAAUUUUGUAGGCUGUUAUUGAACUCCCUUCUGUUACCAGCAAAGCGUUUCCUACGUGCUGCCAGCUUUGGUUU